ACCCUCUUACUAGUCAUGUUUAUAAUACUAGUAAUAUGUUUAUUUAAAAGCUAUAGUUACUCUUAUUUAGAAGUUCAUUUUAAAUAACUGUCCUAAUUCAUAUAUAUCAGCUUGUUUUAUAAUAAGGUUUAAGAAAACUAUUCAUUAAACUGUGUUUUGUUUACAAAGAUUCACAUUUUAAAGUGAGCUGAAAAUGUGUGUGUAUCCCUUUAAGAAACCCUGUGUAAACGCUAAAGUUUGGUUUAAAUGCACUUGGAAAACAUGUGCGGGUUACUGUCUAGUUUGAUUGUAUUUUAUGUGAUUGGAUGCUUAUUAUUUUAAACCCACCCAUGCAUAUGAGAGUGUAAUGUGAUUGGUGGUUAAUUGAGUCAAUCAAAAUGAGAGAGGAGAGACGAACUGCGUUCGAGAGAGAGCGGUGGCAGAUACGCUCGCGCUAGAGAGGAAAGAGUUGCGAUAACCGCUAAACGCGUGUUAUAUGGGUUUUGUUUUAUGUGAAAGUGUUUUGUUUGUUUAUGCCGUCAUGUUAACCCAGCAGAUGGGUUAAUAAACCACUUUACUCGUCUUAUCAGCAGUUGAUGAGCCGUUUAGCAUUUAAAUACAGACUCUCCUGUUCGCGUUGUUAUAGACUGCAGUGACUAAUAUACUGCAUUCAGUGUAUUGCAGUGUGUUGUGCUAUCUAUUACUUUGCGUGGGACACUUCGAGAGAUCAGUUACAGUCGUGUAAACAAGUGAUUGCGUGAGUGAAACGAACUCCGUGGACAACUCGCCUCAUCAAGACUGUUCAGUUUGCCUUGGGUCGCGAGGAAUGGACCGAGAUUCACUGAGGAUCGUGUGAUGUCUCCGGUUGUGGUUUGAGUGAUCACUGGAGCACAGAGCUAAGGUAUCAGAGUAGUGAGAGUCAUAUAGUCGAGAGACCCCAGUUAAAGAACCCGUCGCUCCACCCUAAAGAUCUUAGUCUUGACACAACUAAGUAGGGCAGGGGGCGCUACACAAAAUGGUGGCCAGUACGGGGAAUCUCUUCUUUCCUCUGGUACCCUAAAAGAAGACUGACAUAAAUCUGUGUUAAUACCCUCAAGUUGAUAUUGGAAAAGAAAAUUUAACCCUUUCUUGCACUUACUUGUAACCUCUUGAAGCAUGUCUUUCAGAAAUAACCCUCUCCUUCAAACUGAACUUACCAGCUGGUGUAGUGAGGUAGGGAUUGACCCGAGUCAUGCACUGCUGCUGACUGGAGUACCAGCAACUACUGAAGUGGCACAAAUUGAGGAAGCGGCACAAAGUGUAAAAGCCUUUGGAAGAGUGCGUGUUCGAGAUAACAGACAUGGACCCACCUCAACUACUCUAUUCGUUUUGUGUGAGUGUCGAGAAGUCAUAGACGCCACACGUUGUCCUACUAAACUUAUGCUUGGAGAUGGUGAGGAGGCCUGGGAGAUAGUUGUUUCCACUGAAAGUGACUCACCACCUGUUGCCCCUGUAGGAUUCACAGAUAAGCUGUCAAAGUUUCUCAUGGAUGAGGGAAAGUCUAUAACUGAUUUACAAGCUCUGUUUCCUUCUCUUGGUUCCAAUACCAGUUCCCCUGAGUCAAUUAUCCGUGCUGUGGGUGAGAUCCUAGAAAAAACAGUGAAACCACAAAGUGACAGCAAUGCUUACCGUCGUUUACGUACCUUCUCUGGUACUGUUCCCACCCCCGCAGGAGAGGAAACCAUGGAACAUUGGAUCGAGCAGGCCAGAAUAAUGAUAACAGAAUGUGACUGCUCUGAGAAAGAAAAACGUCGGAGAGUUGUAGAAAGUUUAAAGGGACCAGCACUUGAUAUCAUAAAAGCUGUUCGUCUGUCUAGCCCUGAUGCCAGUGCCCUGCAGUACCUGGAAGCGCUGGAAAGCACGUUUGGAUCCUCCGAGUCUGGAGAAGACUUGUAUUUUGCUUUUCGACUAAUACGGCAGUCUCCUGGAGAGUCAUUAUCUGAUUUCUUGAGACGGAUGGAGAAAUCUCUGACCAAAGUUGUUCAAAGAGGAGGUUUGUCUCCAGCCAAUGUUGACAGAGCAAGAGUAGAACAGCUGAUCCGAGGAGCCGUUGAAUCAGACAUGAUGCUCCUGCAGUUGCGGUUAAGGGAGAGAAAAGAGCGACCACCUACUUUCCUGAACUUACUGAACGAAAUCCGUGAGGCUGAGGAGAGCGAAGCCACUCGACGUAAGAUCACUGCCACUGCAAAGCCCAUACACCUGCAGGGAGAAGAAAAAAUUAGUCCAGCAGUUGUACGGGAGCUCAAAGUAGAACUUCAAGAACUCAGGGCUCAGCUGAAAGGUGAAUGUCCAAACACUUUACCUGCUUCAUCCAUGAUGGUAGAGCCCAAGGCAAAGCUAAGACACACAAAUACCACAGACAAGCACGAGACAAAGAAUGAUUCAGAAGUCCAAGCCUUGAAAAAACAAGUCCAGCAGUUACAACAACAGCUAGCUGUUAUGAGUGUUGGCCACAGUCAGCCAAUGAGUCAUGCCCAGUCCUUGCCACAGCCUUUCCCAGAUCCUCCUAGACAAAAGCCUGUCAGGAACAAGGAUGAUUACUUUUGCUAUCGGUGUGGAGAGGACGGACACAUUGCUACAAAAUGUCAAUCACCUGAAAACUCCACUCAAGUGAUCAAUAAGCUAGUCCGCUCUCUAAGGAAGGCUAGAGAAGUGAGAAAUGAUUCAAACUACAAUAACCGUUCUGGAGAUCGUGCCUGUUUUUCAAAAAAUAGCCACAUCCACACCUAUGAGCCAAAUGGUCUACCAAAGGGUUUAGUGGGACCCACUUCGACGGUUAAUGUGAAGAUUUGUGGACAGUCAUGUGAAGCUCUUUUGGACAGUGGUUCUCAGGUCACUCUUGUGUUUGACACAUGGUAUUCCCAAAACCUACCAGAUGUGCCCAUCCAUCCUCUUACUGGAUUGUCCAUUUGGGGACUUGGCUCGUCCAGUUAUCCCUAUAAAGGCUACAUUGUUGUAGAUGUUUCAUUUCCUGUGUCUCUCACUGGUGUAGAAGAGUCAGUAUCCAUCCUUGCUUUAGUCUGCCCAGACCCCAAAGGUCCUCCACAGUUUCCAGUAAUAAUCGGAACAAACGCCAGUUUCUUCCAGAGACUAACAGCUCUUAACAAGCCCACAAGUGAAACAAAUACUGCCCACACCCUACGAAUUCAGACCCAUCCAUCCUGCCAUACACUCCAGAGCUUUAAAACCUCUGAUCCUGAUCUGCCAGAAGGAAAAGUGAAAUGGGUCGGCCCAGGAACUUUUACUGUCCCGUCCCGGGGUGAGCUUUAUGCUACAUGCAAAGUGGAGUCCAGAAAGCCAUUAAAAGAUGAUAUCUUCAUAAUUGAAGCUCCAUCAGCUGAUCCACUUCCCGCUGGACUGUUCAUUCCCCCAGUGGUAUUACCAUCCUCUGCUGUAGAUGUGAAUAAUUUCAGAGUAUUAGUCCACAAUGAAACAAGCAAAGAUCUGUCCAUUCCUGCUGGCACUAUAAUUGCACAUGUAUUUCCUACUGACACAGUUACUGUGGCUCAUGGAGUCCAAAAUUCAAAGCCUAUUGAUCCAGAUUUGUUUCACUUUGGUGGAUCGACCAUACCUGCAGCAUGGGAAGAGAGAUUACGGCUGAAGUUGGCUGAGCGAAGUAAUGUGUUCUCACUCGAAGAAUGGGAUGUAGGUCUAGCAAAAGAUGUUAAUCAUCAGAUCAGAUUAAGUGAUUCCCGGCCUUUCAGAGAACGAUCUCGCCGUAUCGCACCAGCCGAUAUUGAUGAUGUACGACGCCAUCUUAAAGAUCUCCUAGCCGCUGGCAUUAUCAAAGAGUCAAGAAGCCCUUAUGCCUCUCCCAUAGUGAUAGCUCGAAAAAAGAGUGGAGCUAUAAGAAUGUGCAUUGAUUACAGGACCUUGAACAGCCGCACUAUCCCUGACCAAUACACCACACCCAGGAUCGAUGAUGCUUUAGACUGUUUGUCUGGCAGCAAGUGGUUCUCCGUCUUGGAUCUACGUAGCGGCUACUAUCAGAUAGCCAUGUCUGAAGAAGACAAAGAAAAGACUGCCUUCAUUUGCCCGCUGGGAUUCUACCAGUUUGAACGCAUGCCACAAGGCAUUACUGGGGCACCAGCCACAUUUCAGAGGCUUAUGGAGCGAGUGGUUGGUGAUAUGCAUCUCCUGCAAGUGAUUGUCUACCUUGAUGACCUCAUUAUAUUUGGCCGCACACUCGAGGAGCACGAGGAGCGACUGAUGAAAGUUCUUGACCGACUAGAGGAAUUUGGUCUAAAAGUAUCUAUAGACAAAUGCCAGUUUUGCCAGCCACAGGUGAAGUACGUGGGGCACAUUGUCUCAGCAGCAGGUGUAGCCCCGGACCCAGAGAAAGUAUCCGCUGUAACUCACUGGAAGACACCUACCGACUUGAAAUCCUUGCGGUCAUUCCUGGGCUUCUGUGGGUUCUAUCGUCGCUUCAUAAAGAGUUACUCCUCCAUUGUAAGACCUUUAACGGAGCUCACAAAAGGCUAUCCACCUGCAAAAGGACGAGGCAAGCUGGAAGGAAAGAAAUACUACAAUGAGAGAGAACUGUUUGGUGAGCGAUGGGAUAAAGAGUGCACAGAUGCCUUCAAGAAAAUCAUACAUUGUCUAACGCAUGCACCGGUACUUGCCUUUGCUGAUCCAACCCUGCCUUAUGUCCUCCAUGUUGAUGCUAGUCUGAGUGGUCUGGGUGCUGUCUUAAAUCAAGAACAUCCUGAAGGUCUUCGUCCCGUGGCUUUUGCGAGCAGAAAGCUGAGUUCCUCAGAAGAGCGUUACCCAAUCCACCAACUAGAGUUCCUGGCAUUGAAGUGGGCGGUCGUAGAUAAAUAUCAUGAUUACUUGUAUGGUGCCCAGUUUGUUGUCCGGACUGACAAUAAUCCUCUUACCUACGUGCUGUCGAGUGCAAAGCUGAAUGCAACUGGUCACCGCUGGCUAGCAGCUUUAGCAACUUAUAAUUUCAGUCUCCAGUACAAACCAGGUAAACAUAACAUUGAUGCUGAUGUGCUAUCCCGUUACCCUGCCAGUGACGAUGUUCCUACGUCUUGGACUGAGAUUCCACAAUCUGGCGUCAAAGCUAUCUGUCAGUUAGCCAGUCUUCCUUGGGAUGAUGAAUCCACCAGGCUUGUAGACCAGCUAGGUGUUCCACCAAGUAGCAUCCCACCUGCAUACUCCUAUCCUGCUCAGCUGGAAAUGGGACAGAUGGAGCAGUUGUCCAAUGGAGACCUGAAGAAGGCACAAGAACAAGAUCCCAUCAUCAGUGUAGUUAAACAAGACAUUGAGCAGGGCAGAGCACCUACCUCUGUAAAAGGUUCAGACCCAAACCUUGCACUUCUACAGCGUCAGUGUCCAAAACUGGUCAUUAAGAACAAUCUACUGUACAGAGUCAGUAAACGCCAGUGUGGGAAAGAAAAACUACAGCUUGUGCUACCUGAAAAGUACCGCCUGGUAGUCAUACAGUCUUUACACGAUGAGUCAGGCCAUCUUGGAGUGGAGCGGACCACUGAGCUACUAAGAGAUCGCUUCUAUUGGCCGCGCAUGACCAUUGACAUAGAACAAUACAUCAAAAACUGUGGUCGCUGCAUUGCCAGAAAAUGA